GUUAAAUUUCAGAAUUCGCAAACUGCGGUAGCCCCCAGUAAAUCUAAUUUUACCAAGUGCGCGCAAAUCAAAAUAAACAAAUAGCCCACAUAAUUAGUACAAAUACUAAACGCGAACAUUAUUUAUAAUAUAUCUAAAAUAUAUAUUUUGAAAUAAACCAAAACCAAAUACAAAAGCAAAUAACAUGUUCAGCAAAAGUCACAUCGUUUUGGCCAGCUCUUUGCUGUUGCUAAUCGCCCUGCCAGUAAUUCGCGCCGAUCUCAUGUGCUAUGUGUGCGAUGAUUGCGCCCAGCUGCCGAAGGAUGCACCCCUGUUGGCCUGUAAUGAGGACUUCUUUAAUCCUGGCGGCAGCACAGAAGCCUCCACGGUGACCACCACCACGACCACCGAAGCGAGCACCACCACUUCGCAGGAAACCACAUUGGCUCCAGUGGAAACCACCACUCCGAGCACGAGUGCUGAGACGGAUCCAACGACAACGGAGUCCACGAGCACUACGGUGGAGAUCACUACCACCGAACUGACCACCGAAGCUACCCAGAGUACCCAGAGCACCCAGAGCACGGAGGCACCCAUUCCCACGCCACCCACCGCCGGACCCGUUGAGACAACCACCGGAGUGCCCACGCCACCCGCCGAGGAUCUGGCUGCUCUGUCGGUGGCCUUGAACACCACCCGCCUGGUGCCGGUGGAGGCGGAGACCACCACGCCCACUUCCUCACUGGCCAUCCGGCAGCGGCGAUCAGUGAUCGACACCGGAUUCACCUACCACUGCUAUUCCGUCCAGGUCACAGUGAACGGCACCAUGUCCACAGAUCGUGGCUGCUCCCGGGUGAGCACCAUGGAGGGGGUUUGCGAGCAGUUGAAGAUCCAGAACAACAACACGGAGCUGGCCAACUGCAAUCCCUGCAGUAUGAACGCCUGCAAUGGAAGCUCGACGCUUCAGAACUCCGUCCUGGCUACUCUGCUCCUGGCUUUUGUGGCCUUUGCCCUGCAGCGCAACUAAGGAUUAGAUCGUAGUCCAUCACCCGGUGCUUAAGUCUAGUAUUCCUCGUUUCUUUGGGGCGAACACACACUCAUCAGUCCGCGCCCAUUGUUAAGUGAUUCGAAAAUUUAUGUAAUUUUUAAGAUAUACACAAACGCACAUGCACAAAAAACCGAAUAUCGAAAUAUAUACAACUGUACUUGUAUACAAACUUAAUCUAACCAAAUGUAAAGCUUCAGGCGACUUAAUAAAUAAUAUGUAAUUAUAAAAUCAAGAAAA